UGAGAUAAAGAUCUGCAGAAGAUAAUUUUUGAUCUGACCUGAGAUCUGCAUGCAUUUAUGUUUAUUUACAUGACUGUAUCUGGGCUGGCAUUCUUAGUCAGGGGCGACUAUCGUUGGAAUCGCCGCUACUAGGUGAUAACGCUCUUUCCCAUUGCCCAUAGAUAAGCGCACUUGCCUAUCGCCGCGUCGGGGGAUUAGGGGCGAUUUUCUUUAAAAAACCACUCGCGAGCACCGGGUUUCAAGCAGUCAACGCUCUGCUCUCAGCACCUCAGCAGGUCUAGCUCUUAUCACUUAUUGCUGUGCCAGUCGGAUUUUCCACGCCUUCUGACCGUUCGACUAUAUCUGUUUUAAGACUAUACCAGUCCAAGAUGGAUCACGAUCAUGACCACGGCUCGGAUGACAGCUCCAGCACGGCCAAGUCCUGCCCCAUGAUCAUGGUGUUCCACGCUGGACACUGCGAGCGAAUUUUGUGGCGCGGAUGGGUGGCGUCCACUGUGACGGAGUUCGUGCUCUCCGCCCUGGCCAUCUUCCUGGUGUCCUUCCUGUAUGAGGCGCUCAAGUUCCUGCGCCAGCAACUGGCGCGCAGGGAAGCCCGCCGCGAGAGCGAGCAGCUGGCGGCGGAGCAGCGCAGGAAGAACGAGGCACCGGCAGCCGGAGGAUGCUGUUCGGAGACUCCCCUGGCGGAGCCGAGGGAGCAGACCUACUGGCAGCGCCUGCUCGCCUCGUCGCACAUCGUCCAGUCCCUGCUGAACCUGCUGCAGAUCGUCAUCUCGUACCUGCUGAUGCUGAUCUUCAUGACCUUCAACUACUGGCUGUGCCUGGCAGUGAUUCUGGGACUGGGUCUGGGCUACUUCUUCUUCGGCUGGAACAAGAAGAAUCCCGACGAGAGCGAGUGCUGUCCUUAGAUCAAGGAUAUCGCUCUUAUUUGUUUAUAUUUCUUGCAAUUGUUAUAAACUAAGCUCUUAUCAGUUCUUGGUUCACUCAUCAAACAGUCCCGUCCCCACGUAAUUAUACAAAUUGUUUAAAAAUACAAUUUUAUUCGAUAGUUACACUUGGUUUAAUUGUAAUUGAUGUAAUCGUAGCAUAAAUUAGUCAACUAGUUUA